CCUGUUGUUAUUGUCUAUCGUUCUUAUCAGUUCAGUUUCUUCGUUUAAUUUUUGUUUGUUGCAAAAAUGGUUUAAAUUCGCAGUUUUUUGCUUUUUGAGCACUCAUUAGAGUAGGACAACAUGCCGCCCACGGAGACACUGCGUCCGGGAGAACGCGGAACAGCCGGUGGACCGGGAGCAGGAGCACCCGAACAAACGUACAUCGUCAGGCAGAGCAACAAAUACUAUGAACACCGAGAUUCCCAGGCCACGGCCAUGUCGGUUGAUUACUCAGGUCAGUGGGUGCUUCUCGCCGGCCGUGGUCACCUGGCUCUGCAGCGUUUGGGACAGGACGAUGGGUCUCUGCGACGACAUGAGAGGCAGUCGAAAUACGAGGUGUCUGUAGCGGAGUUUGCCAUAUGUCCCAGUCGCAAAGAGUACUGCGCCAUUGCGACUAGCCAGCACAUAGACAUCGUUCGCUGGGGUACUGCGGAACCGCACUACGAGAUGUCCUUGCGUGGACAUACUCGCACAGUGACCGACAUUGACUGGCACGGCAAGGAUCCGAAUCUGCUGGUCAGCUGCUCAAUAGACACCUUUUCUCAUAUUUGGGACUUAAGGGAGCCCAGGAAACCAGCGCUGUCCUUAAAUGCCGUGUGCAUGUCUGGUGCUACCCAAGUAGGUUUUAACCGCGUUUCGGGUAACCUUUUGGCUGCCGCCCAUGAUGGAGAUUUGCGCAUCUGGGACAUUCGCAAGGGUAGUUGCCCGACGCACUACAUCACAGCACAUUUAAAUAGAGUGCAUGGCAUCAAUUGGAGCCACAAAAGGGAGACCUGCUUGGCAACCGCCAGUCAGGAUGGAACGGUCAAGUACUUUGAUGUGUGUAAUCCUCGCAGGGCCGAGAAGAUCAUUACAACCAUGUCGCCCGUGUGGAGAGCAAGAUACACGCCUAUUGGCAACGGCCUGGUUAGCAUUGUGGUGCCACAUUUGGGACGCGGAGAGAAUAGUUUGCUGCUUUGGAGCAACAGCAAGCAAACAGACCCUAUUUGUUCCUUCGUGGGGCACACCGAUGUCAUUCUUGACUUUGCCUGGCGUCCAAAUCGUGAGAGUUCCAAUGAAAUAGAACUGGUCACUUGGUCCAGGGAUCGCACGCUGCGGGUGUGGAAGAUCGAUGAUAAUAUGCUAAAGCUUUGCGAACCGUCUGCGGAAGAAAUAGAAUCCCGUUUCGAGCCCGAUCUCAGUGAGUUAAGAGUGCCCACUCCUCCAGAAUUCCUGCAUCCACGAUCGAUUUUGGUUGCCGCAUCGUUGCCCAUAUCCACGGGUGACGGUGCUUGUAAUACCUUGCCCAUGGCUCGCUCCCCGAGCUUUGGAGGCGGCUACUAUCGCAGGGAGGAGCCCCACAUAGCCAGAUCUCUGACAGAUCAACCCACGUGUUCGCUGCACCACGAAUUCUCGCUGCUCAACACAAACAUGCCUCAUGUGGAGGUAGACACGCUAGAUGCCAUAAAGCGGUAUGCCUGCUUCAAGAUUUGCGCCGGUGGACACACUGUAAUUUUACAAGUGACUUUCACGACUUCGUAUCCAAGUCCUAGUGCUCCGCCGGACUUUCAGCUUUGCCAGGGAACCACUCUGUCCAGUGAGGUUAGUGGUGUUCUGCUAAAAGUGCUCCGUUGCAAUGCAUUACAACGGGUCAAGAAAUCCCGCACAUGCCUGGAACAAUGCCUACGUGCUCUAGUGGCGGCUAUGAAGAAAAAGGUGGCCGCUGUAGGCGGAGCGGAUCGCAGCCAACUGCUCCUGCAAUCCCCUCGGCUAGAAGGAGCUUUGUCAAGCACCCUGCACGAUGCCUGCAUUCCAUAUCCGCGGACGUCAGGGGUCCAUUUCAAUGCUAUUGGUAUGCUGACCACUUUCGCCCAGCCGGUGAAUAACAAAAGGCUAACCCUGCGGCAACACACAGCAUUGACUCCGCGGACUUUCUCAUCGAUUAAUGGUAGUGGAUUGCUGGGCAAUGUGAUGGCCACCGCCCAGCGGGAAGCUAACGCCUCAUUUUACCUCCAGGAGAGGAUGAUUUCGGGAAAACCGGGCAAGCAGCGGGCCAUCCGGCAGAUGAAUGGAAGUCCGGUGGUUCACGUAUACGACACAAGUAGCUUACUCCACAUUAGUCGGAGAAUGGCUCGGGAGUUCUCCCUCGAUAAGUGCAACAUAGCUGAAACGUGUCGUAAAAAUGGUGAGAUCUGUCGCCAACAUGGGCGCUUGGACUUGGUGCCCGUUUGGCUGUUGGCGGAACUGAUAGCCACACCCCAAGUUCCACAUGAAACACUCAACGAGCUUCUGUUCUACAAAGAUCCCUUCAAGAAAUCCCUGCUGGAAUCACUAAUAAUGCAUUAUGCUACCUCCGGUGACAUACAGACGGCUGUGCUGCUGGCCUGUUUGUUUGACAAAUGCCCCACGGGUGGCGGUGCCAUUAUGGAGAAGACAGUUCGACUUCCGCCGCAGCUUAACUCGCAAAUUUCACCGUAUCACACGGUCCUUCCGCUUGACAUCAAGUCAUCUUCUUCCUCGAACACCUGGCAGCAACUUAAGCAACUACGCAGCAACUCUUGGUCCGACUCCCUGGACUUGGAGAUUAAGCAAAUCCAGUCUGAUGCAUACGCUUGCUCAUUGAUUAGACGCACUAAGAUGCCACUGUUUGAUCAAUUUAAGCGCGCCUAUGCUGAAAUUUUAUUUGGCUGGCAGUUGCUUUCGAAGCGGGCAUUGAUCCUCAAGCAUACGCAGAAUACACCGCCUCCUAUCCAGGGUGUGGAAUUCGUUACCGAGUGCAGGAAGUGUGCCAAGCCCAAACGGACGCCCAAGUGCGAGCCCUGCAAGCGACCCGUACUCUUCUGCGUCCUCUGCCGUUUGCCUGUGAAAGGAGCAGCCAAUGCGUGUCUGGCUUGUGGCCAUGGCGGUCACAUCGAUCACAUGAUGCAGUGGUUUGAGAAACACAAGGUGUGUGCUACCUGUGGCUGCAAGUGCUUGGAGCGCACCUCAGAGCUGCUAGCCCUACUCAGCUGAUUCAGACCUUGAGUGUUGUGCAUUCCUUUCAGAGAUAAUCUUACUUAACUUUCUUUCGUCUGUGUGGAUAUCAAAAUAGUUAGGUGUGUUUUAGUCAUUAGGCGAACAAUUUUUGUACGAUUUGCAUACCAUUGAGAAAUAUAUGACCACUUACUAGCCAAGCUAAGGGUAAAAGCUUUAUGCAACUAUACACAUGACCAAAAUAAUGUGGUUAUGAUAAUUCAAAAAUAACUAUUUCUAGAUUUUUUCAAGUACAUACAUUUAUUCUUUUUUAUUAUCGAUUUUUGCUUUCUGUUUUUUUUAGCUUAAAUUCUACGAUUUACUUGUAGUUUUUGCAUUUGCAAUCUAAUAAUUUUUUUCGUUUUGUCCGUCAUAAUAAAGUUUGCUUUAGUUUUGAAAAUAAUUUUUAAAUAAGUUUCUACAGCUCCUAUUCUUGUUUUU